GUGAGAAGAAUGAUUCAGCUAACGAAAGCGAAACAGUUCAUAAUGAUCAAGUCAUGCGAAGUGAGAAUUUAGGAGUUGAUAACAUUGGUGGUGAGCAACCGAAAAAUGAUUCGGAUAGAUCAAAUGUAGUACCUCCAAUUGUUGGUCCUUUGGUUUUGGAUAUUUAUGACCCUGCUGAUUGGAAGAAUUUAGAUGCCAAAACCAUAGACAUUGUAAUUGAAAAAGGCCCUAUAAGAGAUAUGCAACUCGAUUAUCCUCUUGAUGCUAAGGGUAGACAUUUUUCCAAUGCGUACUACACUAGAAACAUGAAAAAUAAAGAAAGUGAAGAUAGGCCGUGGUUGGUGUACUCAAAAAAGGUGGAUAAAGUGUUUUGUUUUUGUUGCAAGUUGUUCAAAACAAAAGAGGGGCCUAGUCUUUUAGCUAAUGAAGGGUCAAAUGAUUGGAAACAUUUGAGUGAGAAACUUUCUAGUCAUGAAAAAAGUUUUCUACACUUUGGUUAUGUGCAAAAAUGGAUUGAUAUGAAGAUGAGAUUGGCAAAAGGAAAAACUAUCGAUUUUGCUAUUCAAGAAAAACUUGCCAAAGAGAAGCAACAUUGGAGAGAUGUUCUUAAGAGAAUAAUUGCUUUAGUUAAGACUCUUGCAAAAAAAUCCAUUGCUUUUCGUGGAAAAUCUGAGAAAAUAUAUGAAGAAAACAAUGGAAAUUUUUUAGCUAUCAUUGAGAUGCUUGCUGAGUUUGAUCCGGUUAUGCAAGAGCAUUUGAGACGUAUUCAAUCUAAAGAGAUUCAUUAUCAUUAUCUUAGUCACAAAAUUCAGAAUGAAUUGAUUUCGAAGUUAGCUUCCGGUGUUAAAAGUGCAAUUAUUACACAGAUCAAAGCUGCUAAGUAUUUUUCAAUCAUUCUUGAUUGCACACCCGAUUCCAGUCACAAAGAGCAAAUGACUUUGAUAGUAAGGUGUGUGGAUAUGUCAUCAAACACACCUCAAGUUUUGGAAUUUUUCUUAGAGUUUAUCGAAGUGCUUGAUACAUCUGGGUUAGGGCUCUUUACUGAAUUAGAGAGUAUUUUGGCUUUAUGCGAACUUGACAUUGAUGAUGUACGUGGACAAGGAUAUGAUAAUGGCUCUAACAUGAAAGGCAAGCAUCAAGGUGUUCAAAGAAGAUUGCUUGACAUUAAUCGAAGAGCUUUUUACAUGCCGUGUGCUUGUCAUAGUCUUAAUUUAACCAUUUCAGAUAUGGUAAAUUCUUGUUCUAGAGCUAUUACAUUUUUUGGAUGUGUUCAAAAAUUGUAUACAUUGUUUUCUGGUUCAACAAAAAGAUGGGCAAUUUUGAAAGAAUGUGUACAUGGUUUUACUUUGAAAUCAUUGUCCACCACACGUUGGGAGUGCCGCCUAGAAAGUGUGAAAGCAAUUGCAACCCAAACCCCUCAAAUAAGAGAAGCUUUGAUUGAAUUGGGAAAAGAUUGUCCUGAUUAUUCGUCAAAAAGUGAUGUUAAAAGUGUACUCAAACAGCUAGAGAAAUUUGAGUUCUUACUGGGAAUGACAAUAUGGUAUGAAGUUUUGCGCCCGAUUAAUCAGGUUAGCAAAUUGUUACAAAGUGAAGAUAUGUGCAUUGAUACUUGUGUGAUGAAUAUGAAUGAUUUGAUUAUUCAUUUAAACAAGUAUAGAGAAGAAGGGUUUGAAGCUGCUUUGAACACCGCAACAAGCAUUGCUCUUGACAUGGGAUUGGAACCUGGAUUUCCUAAGAAACGAUUGACGCGUAGAAAAAAGUAUUUUGAUGAAGACAAUGAAGAAGAUGAUGAAGAUAAGUCUCCAGAAGAUUCUUUUAAGUGUUUUUAUUUCAAUGUUGUGAUGGAUGCCGCUUUGAUGUCUUUGCAAACUAGAUUUGAUCAGAUGAAAGAGUUUCAGCGUAUAUUUGGCUUUCUGUUUAGCUCAAGGAACUUGAAAUCGUUGGUUCAUGAUAAACUGAAAGAAUGCUGUGAGAUACUUGCGGAUGCUUUGCAGGAUGGUGAUAAAGAAGAUGUUGAUAGGGAUGAUCUCUUUCAAGAAUUGAAAAUGUUGCAAAACGUUUUACCGGAUGACAAAGACACUGUCAUUCAAAUUCUUGAUUUUGUGAAGAUUAUGGGCUGCUAUCCAAACACAACAAUUGCUUAUAGGAUACUAUUGACAGUACCGGUAACUGUGGCCACUGCUGAAAGAAGUUUUUCAAAGUUGAAGAUUCUCAAAAAUUAUCUGCGAUCAACAAUGUCACAAGAAAGGCUUAAUGGAUUAGCUAUAUUAAGCAUUGAGCAUAAUGUGUUAGAAAAGCUUGAUUAUGACGCUAUAGUUGACGACUUUGCUUCACAGUGUUCAGCAAGGAAUGUAUUUAAGUAAUUUUCAUUUGGUUAUUUUGAAAACAUGAUAUGACUAUGAUUAAUUUAACAAAUUCUAGUAUUUUCUUUAUUAUAAAAGUAUUCAAAUAUUAUUAUUUUGCAUUCUAGUUUAGAUAGAAACGUGAUUUACAAUUUUUUUUAGAAUUAGGCCCAUUUUAUAUUGUUCGCCCCUAGGCCUUCAAAUGUACAGGACCGCCCCUGCCAGGCAUAGCACUAAGAGGCACCGGUCCG